GACCAUUUCAAGAUGGCCGCGCCCUCAGUUUGAGUUUGGAGACGUGACGUAGUUCAUUUUGUUACAACACAGUGUCAGGCAGAGUAACAGCUUGUCAAAGCCUGCAAACUCUUAUUCAAGCUCUUCUUUGACGCUGGCAAUAAUGGAUAAAGACGGCCUGAUUCUCCCCAAAGACUUUCCAGAGCUGAAGAACGACACAUUCCUCAGAGCCGCUCAGGGAGAAGAGAUCGAGCACAUUCCAGUGUGGUGUAUGAGACAGGCUGGCCGCUAUCUGCCAGAGUUCAGGGAAUCGAGGGCAGGGAAGGAUUUCUUUGAGACGUGCCGCUCCCCUGAAGCUUGCUGUGAGCUUACGCUACAGCCACUUAGAAGAUUCCCAUUUGAUGCUGCCAUAAUCUUCUCUGACAUAUUAGUGGUCCCUCAGGCCAUGGGAAUGGAGGUUCAGAUGAGUCCAGGAAAGGGCCCCACUUUCCCAGAACCUCUGAAGGAGCCUGAAGAUCUGCAGAGACUGAAGACUAAAGUGGACGUGUCGUCUGAACUCGACUACGUUUUUAAAGCCAUCACACUGACACGACACAGAAUAGAGGGAAAAGUGCCUCUCAUCGGCUUCACUGGAGCUCCAUGGACUCUAAUGUCCUACAUGAUUGAAGGAGGAGGCUCCCCCACACACUCAAAAGCUAAACGCUGGCUCUACAGGUACCCAGAGGCCAGCCACAAACUCCUGAGCCAGCUAACGGACGUCAUAGUGGAGUAUCUUCUCGGACAGGUGAAAGCUGGAGCUCAGGCUCUGCAGGUUUUCGAGUCUCAUACUGGUUGCUUGGGCCCAGUGGAGUUUAAAGAGUUUUCUCUGCCUUAUCUGAGAGACAUUGCUCGCCGUGUUAAAGACAAGAUCAAAGAAUCUGGUUUGGACAAUGUGCCUAUGAUUGUUUUUGCUAAAGAUGGUCAUUAUGGGCUUGAGGACCUCUCUGAGUCUGGUUAUGAAGUUGUGGGUCUUGACUGGACCAUAGAUCCGCGUUCAGCACGUGUCAGGACUGGAGGAAAAGUUAGUUUGCAAGGCAACAUGGAUCCCUGCGCACUUUAUGCCACAAAGGAGCGCAUAUCAGAGAUUGUGAAGAGGAUGUUGGAGGGCUUUGGCACAAAGGGCUACAUCGCUAAUCUGGGUCAUGGCCUGUACCCUGAUAUGGACCCAGAAAAUGUGGGAGCGUUUGUAGACGCCGUUCACACCCAUUCUCGCCAGCUCCUCAACUGCAAAUAAGAGGUCACUCUCCCAUCAGAAGACCUGAAGCACAAGAGAAACAACAACUGUUGGUGUGCACCGCUUUAUCAUUACAUAUGUUACAGGGUGAACCUCUCUCAAAAUGUGUCAAGAAAAUGUCCAGUUAUAUUUCACUCCAAAAUGAAAAGAAAUAAGAAAAUUGUUUUGGCUUAACGAGAAAGCACCAUUAAGGCUUUACAUUUCAAAUUCACUUUACCAUAAUGCAAAAAAGAUUCUCAUUCACAAUACCAUACUGUGUAAUGUAUAUAACAUUUCAUUUAAAAAAAGGAUAGCUUACCUUAAUUUAUGCUGAUUUUGGUUUAAAAAAAAAAUGCUGUUUUAAAAAUCCUGCAUUACAAUAAUACUCAUAUAAUGAUAUCGACAGAGUAAAACUUCAAGAUGCAUUACAGUGAGAAUUUAGGGGUUAAAUAUGCCUAAAUGCCAGAUAUCUUAAUUAUCUAAAAUGUAGGCUUUAUUUUCUUUAUGCAAAAUGGUAAUGUGACCCAGAUAUUUCCUGACAGGCUUUUGAGAGAUUCACCCAAAAAGCUGUUCCCGACUCAUUUCAGUGAUUAUGUAGGCCGUCUUUCUAUUUUACCUACUUUUUUUUUAUUUUUUAUAAUGGCUCCACACCAAUCCAUCUAAUCUUUAAUAUAAUUUUCAGUUGAAACAUGUCUUUCUCAGUUGGAUUGAAGUGUUUUCAUUAGAGCUGAUGCACUGUACGAUCACUGAAGAAUGUGAAGGAUAAAACCCGAUCAAAUCCUAAGCGCUGUAUGGGUUUGUUUUUAAUACAGUACCAUAGUAACAUCUGGGCUUGAGAGGGUCUUCACUGGAAUUGUGACUGACACUAGUGAACCUCUGAGAAUGUGUGUACAUAUCAAUGGAUGUUUUAUAUGAAGCGCAAUAAAGAGUGAUCCUUGUAAGACAAA